AUGGUUGUGAAAACAGGAGUUGUGCCCCAACUUGUGAAACUCCUAGGAGCUACUGAAUUGCCAAUUGUGACUCCUCCGCUAAGAGCCAUAGGAAAUAUUGUCACUGGGACAGAUGAACAGACGCAGGUUGUAAUAGUUGCAAGAGCACUUGCCAUCUUUCCCAGCCUACUAAUGAACUCCAAAACUGGUAUUCGGAAGGAAGCUACACGGACAAUGUCAAACAUCACAGCUGGCCGCCAGGACCAGAUACAGCAAGUUGUGAAUCAUGGAUUAGUCCCAUUCCUCAUUGUUGUUCUUGCUAAGGCGGACUUUCAGACACAAAAGGAAGCUGUAUGGGCUGUGACCAACUAUACAAGUGGCGGAACAGUUGAACAAAUUGUAUACCUCGUUCAUUGUGGCAUAAUAGAACCACUGAUGAACCUCUUAACUGCAAAAGAUACCAAAAUUAUUCUGGUUAUUCUGGAUGCCAUUUCAAAUAUAUUUCAGGCUGCUGAGAAAUUAGGUGAAACUGAGAAACUAAGUAUAAUUAUUGAAGAAUGUGGAGGUUUGGACAAAAUUGAAGCUCUACAAAACCAUGAAAAUGAGUCGGUGUACAAAGCGUCACUAAACUUGAUUGAGAAAUAUUUUUCUGUAGAGGAAGAGGAAGAUCAAAAUGUUGUGCCAGAAACUACCUCUGAAGGUUAUGCAUUCCAAGUUCAGGAUGUCACUCCUGGGACCUUUAACUUUUAG